AGUAAAACUAGGACUGUCAGGUGCCUGGCGAAACAUAAUAUCUUAGUUUUAAAUUACUUGCUGUACUUUAUUAAACCAUAAAGGCAUAUACAUUGUGUCCUAUAGCUUAUUCGUAGGAAUAUACUCGGUCUUCCAGAAGAAAAGACGAGGUCCAGCUGAGUUCUGUGAUAUACGAAUGAAGAGUAAGAAAAGCAUCCUACACCAUGUCAGAAUGUCCACAAACAGAAAGAAGACCAAGACCCCCAGAAAACCCACAGCCUUCGAGUGUUCACCUGACAUUUAUGACAAGAGCGAAGUCCAGUAUAAUGGCCUGAAAAAUCAAGGUGCCACCUGCUACCUAAACGCAGUAUUGCAAUGUCUAUUCAUGACCCCAAAAUUCAGAGAGGCAGUAAAGAGCUAUAAAGUCCCUGCAGAUAGUGGUGAAGAAAAUCUGUUGCUACAGCUACAAAAGCUGUUUAGACAGAUGUCAAAAAACUCAGCCACAACUGAAGGAAUAACCACGAGUCUUGGCAUAAAAAAUGUUUUUGAGCAAAAAGAUGCAGUGGAGUAUUAUCGGAAGAUUGUAAAAUCACUGGAAAUUUCUAAGGUAUUUGAAGGAAAAAUGAGCAAUGUAACAAAAUGUGGCAAAUGUGACCAGGAAACCACAGAACCCAGCACCUUCAUCUCAAUACUUCUGUCUAUCGAUGCUGGAAAUUAUAAGAAUUAUGAUUUGGAAGAGGGUCUGAAAAAAUUCAUCAAGCAUUCAAAACUAGAAGAAGAUGACUGGAUGUACUGUGAUAAAUGUGACUGCAAAACAGAAACAGAAACUUGGAGUAAAAUCGAUGAAUAUCCCUCUGUUCUCACUCUGCAUCUGAAGAGGUUUGACUUUGAUUACAUGCAGAUGAGAUACAAGAAGAAUGAGUGUUGUCUGGAUGUACCUCUAAGUCUACCUCCAACUACCUCCAAUGGGGAUAAUAGGCCUAAAUAUGAUCUUUAUGCCGUUAUUAACCAUAAGGGUGGAUACAGUGGAGGACACUAUGAUGCAAUCAUCAGAUCUUAUGAAAAUGGAAUAUGGUACCGCUUUGACGACUGCACUGUAACACAGACUUCUGAAUCAUCACUGACGAACUCAAGCCUACCAUACAUGCUGAUGUACAGAAAAGUGUUAAGCCCUGGCAGCGUUCCACGUCCUCUAAGGAUUCUUCUAAUAGGGCCUUCCAGAUCUGGGAAAAGUACAGUAGGCAACAUCAUCCUUGGUGGAGAUUACUUUCCUUGGGAAAAUGGAUCAGAGACUGUGACAAAAGAGUCUAUGGCGAAGACAGUGGAGAAGGUCACUGUAGUGGACACUCCAAAUCUCUUUUCCCACAGAUUACGCUGGGCCAAAGAAAUAGAGAGGUGCGUUAAGCUAUCCAAUCCUGGCCCCAACGUGAUUCUCUGGGUCAUGCCGAUAUCCAAAUUCAGCGAGCAACAACUAGGCCUUUUUUACACCUUCAGAAAACAAGUAGCUUCAGGGGCCACAAAUCACACGAUGAUUAUCUUCACACAUGGCAAAGAACUAAAAAAUCUUGGGCAAUCAAUUGACACGUUCAUUUCGAAACGCAGCAAGCUCCAAAAAGUGAUCCGUACUUGUCAGAACAGGUACUGUGUCGUUGACAUCACUGAUGGUCACAAUUACUCCUCAGAACUGCUUGAAAAACUGGGUGAGAUGGUGACAUCAGAGGAGCUUCCUGUAAUUUUGAAAAAACAGUGUGGUGCACUAAAAAGAAAGCUUUCUGGAGAUGAAGAAAAAAGAACGAACAAAAAAGACUUCUCCAUCAGCAGACGAUGAGAAACAUUUGUCUCAUUUAGUUUCUUGCAAACAUGACAGCUCAUACAAAGCGUUUUAAAAAGUAAAAAUGCAUAAAGUUUGCAAGAAUGUGUGCGUUUGCAUUGGUAAAAAAAUAAAUAAAUUAAAAACUUAAAGGAA